AUGCAAUUUUCAAUUUAAAAUUCAUUGCAAGCACAAACACGCUGCUAUUUUGUUUAUUCUUUUUGUUCAAAUGUCUUCAAAUAUUUUGAUUGAUCAUCAAGACGCUGCUAUAAUAUCAAGCAAAAUUGCUCAAAUUUCUAGUCCGAAAAUGUCUAAUACGUUGCAGAAAUUGACCAACCAAUUGCAAGCGAUUGGUCUGAAACAACAUGAUGAACAAGCAACUUCCUCAUCUGAUAAUGCCGGUGCACAAACCACAGGAUCAUCCAAGAAACGUCGUUCACGUCAAUCGAAUCGUUCGCGUUCUCGAUCACGAUCCAAUAGUUUCAAUAUUUCUUCACCCUCUACCGAUGGCAAUCAUCAUCAACGCCAACAACUAAAUCAGGAAAGAAGUGAUUCGCUUGUACGACAGAAAAAUGUUCGAUUUUCGUUGAGUAAUUCAACUUUGUCACUGCCAUCGACCGUAUCGAAUUCGGCUACAAUUCAACGAAUCUUCACCAAUACUGGCUUCAAUAAUCGAUUGCGACAUCGUUCGAAUAGUGAAUCUCAUUUAUCAUCAAAUGAUAGUGUGGUUGUCAAUAUGCCACAGCGUAACCAUCGACAACAACAACGUAGUAUGAUGAAUACGAAACCUGGAACGUCAAAUGAUUUUGUUUCACGAGAAAUAAUGGAUUACUAUCAUCGUAAUCGUCAAUCAAGUGAUAAAUAUAAAGCCAAACAAAUUCUGCGAGAAAGUCUUGAGAAUACUUUUAAACAAAGUUUUCCAGAUUAUUUCAUCAAUUUGCAUAUAAUUGGCUCAAGUACAAAUGGAAUUGGUGAUAAUGCUUCAACAGUUGAUAUCUGUGUUAUGGCUCAUAAAAAAUCCAUAUUGCCCGCGCAUUCGGAACAAGUUCCAGUGCCGAAUAGCAAAAACGAAAAGAAACCGACAGAAAAAUCACCAAAAAAACCAGUUGAACAAGUUGAAGAAAAAAUUGUUCAUGCUGCUGCUGAUUCAAAUACCGAUGGUGGUGAUGACACCAAUGAAAAUGACAAUGAUGAUAGUGGCAAUGUGAUUGGAAAUGAAGAUUUGGCCUUGAAACAUAUCGAGAAGAUUCUUCAGAGUAAAAAUUUCGCACAAAACAUUGUAUUGAUACCGGCAAGAGUACCGAUCAUAAAAUUCAAAGAUAACAUCUGCAAUAUGAAUGUGACAUUGAAUCUGAAUCAGGAGGUAUCGAUUCGUAAUACACAGCUGAUUCGUGAUUAUUCCAAAAUGGACUGGCGUUUCCCACAAUUGGCAAUGAUCAUUAAGGAAUGGGCACGUGAAAAUCGUAUCAACAGUGCUGUUGAGAAAAGUAUCUCACCAUACAGUUGGACAUUGAUGGUCAUCCAUUAUCUUCAGGCUGUUGAACCGCCAGUAUUGCCUUGUUUGCAGAAAAUGUCGCCACAACGUUAUGAUAUCGAUAUCAAUAUGGACGAUGAACGUAAUGUAUGGCGACAGGCGCCAGUCAAAUGGCAAUCCAAAAACAAUAACUCAUUGAAACAAUUGAUGAAAGGAUUUUUCCGUUAUUUUGGCUAUGUUUAUCGUUAUGAUCAACACAUCAUAUCGAUUCGUGAAGGAAAAGUAUUGAAUCGUAUCUAUCAUCGAUCAUCGAAUGGUGUCGGUACCGAUGAAAAUGCCGUCAUUCAAUGGAAUUCUCUAAUGUGCGUGGAAGAACCGUUCAACCGAUCAAAUACGACACGUUGUGUGAAAGAUUAUGCAACAUUCGAACGUGUCAAAGAGCUACUUCGAAUGUCUUCGAAUGCAUUGAAAGGCAAUCGUAUUUCGUUGUUCAACAUCAUUGUCGAUGACAUGGAUUUUCCAAACAAAUAUUAAUUGUUUCUCGAAAUAAUUCUUAUGAUCUCAACUGAUUAAUUUUGAAUUUUGAUUUUUCCUUUAUAAUUAUCAAAUGGUAUAAAAAAAUUUUUGUUCAAUAA